AUGCUUGCGUCCGCCGUGCUUUCGGCCCUCGUGCUCGGCGCCAGCGUCGGCGUCGAGGCCCAGCUCCACGAGAACGAGGAGCGAGUCGAUCCAAUACUGCCUUGGAUCGCCGUCGACGACGAGGGCCAGCCGUCGACGACCUACUCACCCACGGUGACGACGAUCGACGGCACGCCCACGCCCGUCAACGGCGCCCCUCACGACCUCACCGCCUCCGUCUACACCUGGACCACCUGGGGCCACAUCACGACGAGCACGGGCGAACCGCCGAACCCGACGGCCACCAAGGCGGGCUCGCUCGAGGGUGCCUUCUCCCGCUGCUACAACCUCGACGGUCCCUUCGCGCCCUUUUGCCGGCCCGACAUCAACUCGACCCUGCUGACGGGCAACACGUACUACAUCACCUGGGACCCCGACUACUACAACCGCACCGGCCUCGCCGGAAAGACGAACGCGACGACGGUCGAGAUCUCGGUCCGCCUCGACUACCUCAACACCUCGUCCAACGAGAUGCUCAAGCUCGACACCUCCGACCGCGUUCCCGCUCGCUGGGGCUUCUGGCCCUUCAAGCUCGAGAACGACCACCUCAAGGGCAAGCGCGUCAACAACGUCACCAUCACCCUCCUCAGCUCCAUCAUGGGCUCCGUCGAGAAGAACAAGUCGGUGGCCCUCCCCGUCUCCCUCACCGCCCCCGGUCUCGACCACACGACCCCGACCAAGGUGCCGUCUGGCGGCGCCCUCGUCAUCGCCCUGCCCAUCGUGCUCGGCGCCAUCGCCCUCAUCGUCAUCGGCCUCUUCCUCUGGCACCGCAAGACGCGCCGCAUCCAGCUCGGCAACAUCAUGAGCCGCUCGCGCCACGGAUACAACGGUCACAAGCACAGGUCCCUCUUCCGACGCCAAGGCAAGGACGAAGGCAUCCCGCUCGACUCGUCCCCGCCGCCCGUCGACUAUCACGACCUCCCCGAGCAACCGCGACGAGACAGCGACGCCCUCGGCAGCCUGGCCAGCAGCCCCGACCGGGCCAUCUUUGACCAGGACCAAGAAAGAAAUGCCUUCCGAGAAGAAGUCGCGCGCCAGGACCGGAUGAGACGUCAUGAAUGA